AUGGAGAACCCAGUGGUCGAAAUUCCGGCGCUGAUCCAUCAUCUCACUCAGUCGUCGCCAACGUUACAACAGAAGACUCUGGAGCAGUUCUUUACAAGCGAUGCAUCCUUUGUCCAUCCUUUCUGUCGAGUUCCCAGCUUUGAAGGGAGCCGAUGGUGGAUAUUGAAGGUCUUUCAGUGGUAUAAGAUCAUGUCACCACGCAUUAAGAUGGAUAUUCAUUCAAUCGCAUUCGAUGAAGAUCAUCUCAAACUCUACGUUCAAAUGUCUCAGGUCUUUUCAAUUUGGAUUGUGCCGUUCCACGUUGCAUCGGUGACACUGACGACCGUCCUGGAUCUCACCACCGACUCGAAGAAGGCCAGCUCCUCGGCAAACGGCGCUCGCCCGCUGUACUACAUUUCUAAGCAGGAGGAUUUGUAUCAGACCUCCGAGUUUGCCAAGUUCAUCUUGCCGCACGUGGGGCACUGGCUGGUUACCAGCUGGCAUCUGAUUGCAACGUUAUUCUGCUUACUUGGUGUGACGUUGCUAUGGCCGAUGCUUUGGCUGGAGGAGAAUGGGUAUCUUCCGGGCCGGAUCGCUCAGGGAAACCUGGCCUAUAACAUUGACCGUAAGGUUUCGGAGAUCAAGAAACAUUGA